AUGUCCGUAUCAAUUUUAUUAUUGACCUGUAUACUGGCAACAUGUAUAGCUUUGGUUCUUUAUGGCAAGACUUUAUUAGGUAAGAUUUAUUUGCAUUGUUCAAGCCCUCCAAAGGAUUUACUUACAAUAUUAUCUACUAAUAAGGUAAUUGAAUUAGGCAUAAAAAAUGGACCAAUUAGAAAAGAAUUAAUAUUAUCUAGUGCCAACCCAUCAGUAUUCAGCACUUACGAAAAUCCAAAUCAGAUAAUUAUUCCGUCAAAUGUAAUGGUAUCAAAAGAUUAUGGAAAGAGGAAACUAUUUGGAUUCUUUCAUCCAUAUUGUAACGCUGGUGGUGGUGGUGAGAAAGUAUUAUGGAAAGCUGUUGAAUCUACAUUAGCAGAUGAUGCAAAAAAUGUUGUCGUUCUUUAUACAGGUGACAGAGAUUCUUCUCCAAAUGAGAUCUUAGCAAGCGUCAUUAAGAGCUUUGAUUAUAAAUUAGAUGAAAAAAGAAUUGUAUUUAUUUAUUUGAAAUACCGUUAUUUAGUGGAUAGUAAGACUUGGCCACAUUUCACAUUAUUAGGUCAAGCUAUUGGUUCGAUGCUUUUAACAUUAGAAGCUAUUUUGCAGUGCCCCUGUGAUAUUUGGUGUGAUACAAUGGGAUAUCCAUUUGGUUACCCAAUUGCAAGCAUUUUAUUGAAAGUUCCAAUCGUUACCUAUACACAUUAUCCAGUUAUUUCUACUGAUAUGUUUAAUAAAUUGUCUGUUUCAAUUAAAAGUCCCCUUGAUAUUAAAACAAGAUUGAAAUAUUGCUAUUGGAAACUAUUUAUGUUCUGGUAUCAAAAUGUUGGAUCGUAUGUAACCAUUGCCACAACAAAUUCUACAUGGACGAGCAACCAUAUUAGCCAGAUCUGGACUAAUAUUAAAAAUCAUAUACUUUAUCCACCUUGUUCAACUGAAAAACUAAUAAUUCAAAAUAAAACUUGGGACAGAAAGAAUCAAGCAGUAGUAAUUGCACAAUUUAGACCAGAAAAGAGACACCAAUUAAUUAUUAAAUCAUAUGGUAAAAUAUACCAUCGAUUACUUGUUGAAGAUGAAUCCAAAUUAAAAAAUUACCCAAUAUUAAUUUUGAUCGGUUCAACUCGUUCUCAAGCUGACAGAGAUUAUGUCAAAAGUUUACAAGAUUUAGCUUACCAUGAAUUAAAAGUUCCUCAAAAUAGAAUCAUUUUCCAUACUGAUUGCUCGUAUACUGAAAUGAAACGAUAUUUACAAGAAUCAUCAUACGGUAUCAAUGCUAUGUGGAAUGAACAUUUUGGUAUUGCUGUUGUUGAGUACGUUGCCUCUGGCUUAAUUCCAUUAGUUCAUGCUUCAGCUGGUCCAUUAUUAGAUAUUGUUGUCCCAUGGGAUAAAAGUAAUCAUUGCCAAGCUAAUAUAACUUCUGAUGAAACCAGAACUGGUUAUUUCUUUAAAAGUAUUGAAGAUCCUGACUAUUAUGAUUCUCAGAAAGAGAAAUCUAAAACCGAUUACCCAUCAUUGGAUGAAAUAUUACUAAAUACAUGUGAGCUUGAUAAUAAAUCAAAGUAUGAGAUAUCAGAAAGAGGUAAAGAAUGUGCAUUGGAAAAAUUUUCAGAUGAAAAAUUUAAUAUUAAUUGGAAAAAAUAUGUCUUGGACGCUUUGUAA